AUGGUGCGUGCCCCACGCUCACUGCCCCUCGCUUCACCCACGCCAUGUUUGCGCGGCCUAGCGCCCUCCUGGCCGGAUAAAAGAGGCCAGUCUGUGACCUCUUGUAUCGAGUCUAGGACUUUAAUCCAGCCGCAUUGUGCGAUCUGGGUCUGGUCACGAUACGACGAUCGCAUCAAUGUGUGCGAGCUGACAGCUAAUGCUGUAUCUCAGAGGUGUCUUGACGUCACUCCGAAGCGCUUGGCGACUGAGUUCUACUCGACCUACGAUGUCUGGACAGGGAUUCGAACCGCCAUUACACUCGCCCUCUUCUUCAUCUUCAGCGUGACUAUCAUCCUUUACAAGAGCAAGUGUAAACCCCGAAGGAAGUAUGAGCUAUACCCGAGCCUGGAGGAUAUGCCCGGAAGACCGCUGGAUUAUUAUGAUUAUUGGUAUAACAGCCCGGCCAGACUCCUGUCCGUCCGCAGUAACGACCCCAGCCAAAAGGUCAAUGGGGUGGAAGUAUUAGGAAGAUGCUACGACGGUGGACGAGGUGAAACGGGGUCAGCGCCAUUGCCUAAGAGGUCAAUAGGAUCUUACUCAAGCCUUAACAAUUCCUUCAGGGUCAAGAGUCUCCCGGGCAGCGUCAUGAGGAUCAACUGGUCCAGGAUGAGUUCCUCCGAGAGAGACGACGUGUCCCAGACCCAUUCGUCUCAGUUCAGUAGUUUUUUUCUUCUAAGUUCUAGUCCCUACUGUGGCCUUCAGUCUAAUCGGCUCAAGAUUCCCCCAGGCAGCUCUCUGAGGAACCGUGGGACAACGGCGAGUCCUGCCGAGCGUGACGGCCUGCUCCCGACCCACUUGGUCCAUCCUUCCAGGUUGUGGUCCAGUCGGAUCGAGAGCUCUCGGUCCUGCUUCCUAAAGACAGGUCAAACAUGCUUCUCGGUCAAAGGUCAAUCUGAUCGAGAGAUCUCGGUCCUGCUUCCUAAAGACAGGUCAAACAUGCUUUUAGGUCAAAGUUCAAGCUGUAGGAUCGAGAAUUUUCGGUCUUGCUUCAUAAAAACUGUUGUACACAGGUCAAAUACGCUUCUGCUUGCAAAUCAUGGGACACAGGUCAAAGUUCAGGCGUUGCCACAGGAACAGCAGUCAGUGGAGGUAAUCUCAACCCACACUCAACAGUUCCAGUAUAUAGCCAAUGGUAUCCACAGAGACGCUAUAAAUCCCACUACUUUCCAGUGUCGGUCGGAGUUCCUUCGAGUGCCUGGUGUGCGCCUUCAGUCUACGGGGUCGAGCAGCGAUGGCUACAGCGCUUCUUCCUCCACGCAUGACCUGCCCGCUGAAAUCAACUCCGUGGCUCUUCUGGGGGUUCCUGGGGUCCCUCCGAGGACUAACAAGCCUCUGCUGCAGCUCGGGGGAAUGGACUGGGACAGCGAUCAUGCCACUGCGGAAUGGAUUCAAACGAUUGAUAUCAAUGUUAUUCAGCCUACUCCAAAUAUAUCGCCGUGUGGGUCAGUCCGCAGCGUUUCAGACAAUUCGGAGCUGUCGCGGCUGCCAUUGCCUGGGCGUGGUAGAGUGCAGUCGAUCCUGUCCCUAGAUUCCCCUGACUUCGACAGUCGUUCCAUUGGGUCAGAUUCUGUGUUUAUGGAAGAUUCUGUUGGCGAAACCUGUAGCAGUUUCUCGGAGAGCAUGGAGAGUGGAACGUCUAUCAUGGGGCGCUUAUCCCGGUCACCUUCUCCAAGGAACCAGCGGGUGGUUCAGUCAUACAGGCUAGGCAUCAAUCCCUCUGGUCCUGCAUCGCCUUCUGGCCCUUACAAAUCUCCUGUUCGAGCUCCAACCCUUGGCAACCUGCAUAAACCCAACAAAGACCAACGAAGUCGCCAAAAGAUGCUUCAACGGCAGCGCUGUGAAGAUCAGGAUAAUCCUCUUCCUGGUAUUAUGCUGUCAGCGCCCACAAUGGAGUCACUGGUGUUGCCUUCAAUAAGCAGCAAUUUGAGUGCUUCUUGUGAAAAACUAGCUAUUCAUUCAACAAUAACAUCGGAUAGUGAUCUAGGCAAUAGCCAUACAUCUCUCGCCCCAACCAGUAGUGUAGAGGAGCCAAUGUGUGCAGUUUUCACAGUACCUGCACUUCGGAGAACUAACUCAGCAACUACACCUCAAAUGAAAGAGGAGGCAGCGAGCAGUUUUAAGAGGGCUGAUAGUGAGCAGAAUCCCAUGCAGAGAGCAGAUAGUUCUGCAUCACAUCAAAGACGAUCCAGUGAAUCUUCUACUGGUUCUGAUGCCAGUGAAUCAGUAUCAUUCCAUCUGAUGGUGCCAGAAUUAAGCAUAGAUAAUCCUAGUAAUGAUACAAGCCCGUCUGGGUCACCCAACAGUUCUCCUUCAGCCUCGCCGGUUCCAGUGCGAGCCGCUACACAGAAGCCUCCUCCACGUCCCCCUGAGCCAACACCACCACCCAUCAAGACCGGAUCUUCACGGCCAGCAACACGCAAUGAACGGCGAAUGCUCAGGCGCCAGUACAGCACAUACGGCCCUGCAAGUCCCACACUCAAGCACGAUGACCAAGGAGGACAUCAUUCAUUGCCGACGUACAUGGAGGAAACAGAUACUGACGAUCCAAAUCAGCCCCCAGCACCCCCCAGCUCUCCAUACCCUCUCGCUCAUCUUCUGUCACGAGAAGACUCGGCCUCUCCCCAGUCUUUGGCGUCUCCUCUAUCGCCACUUCCUCUAGCACACAGACUUCAGCGAGAUGGAUCUGGCUCGUCACAGUCCUUAGCCUCGCCUGGCUCCCCUCGACUUAUUGGCAGCCGUCUUCUUCGUGAGGGGUCUGAGUCUCCCCAAUUCCCACCUUCCCCCACAGCCAAUCGCCGUGAUUCAAAGGCCUCUCCUACUUCCCCUCUCCCAGCACACAAACGUGCUCAGCGUGAAGAGUCAGCAUCAUCUCAGUUCCUUACGCCAACUGCUAAUCUUCAUCCUAAAGUCCGUCGACUCAACCGAGGCGAUUCUGAUGCCAACCAUCUUCUGGCUCCUAUUUCAACCCAUCAAAAGGUCCGACGGCUCCAUCGCGAUGAUUCAACCUUCUCCAAGCUAACGUCUCCCACUGCUCCACAACAAUCAAAGACUCUCCAACGUGAUGACUCUAGUUCUUCUCAUUUAUCAACCCCUCCUGCUACUCCUCUUCCAACAUGCAAACAUCUCCAACGCGAUGAUUCUGACUCGUCCCACAUUCCUGAAUCUCCUAGCUCGACUAAGUCAUCAACACAUUAUCUCCAGAGUGAUGAUUCUGUGUCAUCUCCUAGCUCUCCUCUCCCAACAGUUAGGCGUAUACAGCGCGAGGACACUGAUUCUUCUAACAUUCCAGACUCCCCCGUUUCUCCCGAGUCCACAUCCCAACCCCUCCAGCAAGAAGACACUGGCACUGGUUCCUCAAGCAUGCCUACGCCUCCAAGCACUCCCCAUUCGGUGAUUACCCAGCUUGAGCGGGAUGAUUCAGAUAACACCUCACCUGUUUUAGAAUCAUCAAGCUCUUCCCAGCCAUCAACACCUCGUUUCUUGCGAGAGGACUACGCUUCUCGUCGUAAGACUGCAUCUCCUGUUUCCCCACAUGCGACAAUCCAACGACUACAUGCUGAGCAGCCGGGAUCUCCCAAAUUGCUAUCAUCCCCAAGCUCCCCUAAAUCACCGGCUGCCCGGCUUCAGCAGGAUCAUCCCAGCACCCCUCCGGCUCUCCCUGGCUCUCCGCAUUCUAGAGGUCCGACGAUGAAGCGGGAAGACUCAUGUUCUCCCCAGCCCCCGGCACCUCCAAGUUCACCGUUACCAAAAGCAAGACGCCUCCAUCGUCAAGGCUCACGUAAUUCCUUGCCACAAAUUCCCCCUCCUUCACCUAGCGUGCUUAAAAAUCGUCGAGAUUCACAACCACAAAUGUCCCCAGCGUCUCCGUAUAGAGAUCGUCGAGAUUCACAAACACUCCAGUUUGAAAUGUCUCCUUCUUCUCCUGUACCAUUUCAAUUUGAUCGUCGGGAAUCGAUCAAACAGUCCCAAAUCCCCCCUUCUCCAACUGCAACUUUUGCCGGUCGCCGUGACUCACCUUUGUCUCAAAUUCCUCCUGGAUCCCCAUCAUCAGCGUUUGCAAGCCGACGUGAUUCACUUCAGUCACAGAUGCCUCCCACUUCUCCCUCAGCAUCUUUUGAAAGACGGCAUGAUUCUCCUCUAUCCCAGAUCCCACCUGGGUCCCCAUCAUCAGCUUUUGCAAGCCGACGUGACUCCCUCCAGUCACAGGUGCUUUCCAUGUCUCCAUCAGGAACGUUGGAAAGGCGUCGCGAUUUCUCAAUGUCCCAAGUCCCUCCUGGUUCCCCCUCAGCAGUAUCUUUUGCAAGCCGACGUGACUCCCUCCAGUCACAGGUGCUCCCAAUGUCUCCCUCAGCAACUUUGGAAAGGCGUCGCGAUUCUCCUCUGUCCCAGAUCCCACCUGGUUCCCCCUCAGCAGUAUCUUUUGCAAGCCGACGUGACUCGCUUCAGUCACAGGUGCUUCCCAUGUCUCCAUCAGGAACAUUGGAAAGGCGUCGUGAUUUACCUAUGUCUCAGAUCCCACCUGGUUCCCCCUCAGCAGUAUCUUUUGCAAGCCGACGUGACUCGCUUCAGUCACAGGUGCUUCCCAUGUCUCCAUCAGGAACAUUGGAAAGGCGUCGUGAUUUACCUAUGUCUCAGAUCCCACCUGGUUCCCCCUCAGCAGUAUCUUUUGCAAGCCGACGUGACUCCCUCCAGUCACAGGUGCUUCCAAUGUCACCAUCGGCAACAUUGGAAAGGCGUCGCGAUUCUCCUCUGUCCCAGAUCCCACCUGGUUCCCCCUCAGCAGUAGCUUUUUCAAGCAGACGUGACUCACUUCAGUCACAGGUGCUUCCUAUGUCUCCAUCAGCAACUUUGGAAAGGCGUCGUGAUUCACCUCUGUCGCAGAUUCCUCCUGGUUCCCCAUCAGCAGCAGCUUUUGCAAGCCGAUGGGAUUCACAUCAGUCACAGAUGCCCCCUGCUUCUCCAUCAGCAACUUUUGUGUGUCGUCGUGAUUCACCUCUGUCUCAAAUCCCUCCUGGUUCCCCAUCAGUAAUAUUUACAAGUCGACGUGACUCACUUCAAUCACAGAUGCCUCCUGCCUCUCCAUCAGCAAUUUAUGAAAGGCGUCAUGAUUUACCUUUGUCUCAGAUUCCUCUUGGAUCCCCAUCAGCUUAUACAAGUCGACGUGACUCACUCCAGUCACAGAUACCUCCUGUCUCUCCAUCGGCAAUAUUCGUUAGUCGCCGUGACUCACCUCUGUCUCAGAUGCCUCCUGGUUCCCCAUCAGCUGUUUAUACAAGUCGACGUGACUCACUUCAGUCACAUAUGCCUCCCAGCUCUCCAUCAGCAGUUUAUUCAAGUCGUCAUGAUUCGCUUCAGUCAGAAAUGCCUUUUACUUCUCCACCAGCGAGUAUCACAGGUCGCUCAGAUUCAAUUCAUUCUCGGAUGCUAGCUACUUCCCCACCAGGAGCCUUUAUUAGUAUCCAAAGUUCCGCUGUUUCUCCCGAUACAGCCUAUGGAAGUCGACGAGAUUCACUUAUACUCCAGCCAGAAGUUCCUUCCUCUUACCCAUCAAAAUCUUCUAUGGUCCAUCAAGAUUCACUAACACUCCAGUGCCAGAUAAUGUCCACAUCUCCACCAGCUCCAUUCAUGGAUCGGCAAGAAUCUCUUGAAGCGCCCAUUCCCCCCAGUUCACCACCAUCUCCAUUCAAAGACCGCCAUAUUCUACUUCCCAGACAAACUGAAAUCCUUCCCGCUUCAGCUAUAUCUCCCUGCAUCAUGCGCCAAGCACCAAGCUUAGAACAGCCGAAACUUGUACGAAGUUCCCCAGCGUCUCCCUUCAUAAAUCAGGAUGAUUCGUUGCCAACUCAACCAACUAAACCUUCUAGCUCUUCACAGCCUAUGACACGACAGGACUCUAGCUCCCCGCAGCCUCCAGCACCACCUAGCUCCCCAAAGCCAAAACCUAGACGACUGCAGCGUCAGGACUCGAGCUCAUUCCAAUCACAACUGCCUCCUGCAUCUCCUAAGUCCCCCUUCAUAAACAAAGAUUCGCUUGUUUUCCAGACACCGAUUCCGGGUUCGCCCGGACCUUAUAUAAAUCAGGACACACUUUUCCCUCAGUCCUCAGACAUCGCAAGUUCACCUGAGGGUCACAUCCUCAGUCGUGAAGAUUCCCUUUCACCCCAGCCACUGCCCCCUCCAAGCUCUCCUCAGCCGAAACCCCGUCGUUUCCAACGUCAGGAUUCAUACAAAUCUUUGCCCCCGAUUCCUCCAUGUUCCCCUAAAUCCCCUUUCAUAAACCGCGAAGAUAAAUUUUUCUCCCAGUCGAAGCCAGAAGCCAGUCCACGCGUUCUAACUCGUGACGACUCCGUGUCGACCCAGCCCCAAGCGCCCCCCGCCUCCCCCAAGCCGUGCAGGCGAGUCCACCAAGACGAGUCGAGUUCGCCCAAGUCCCCAGUGCCAACCAGCCCUCUGAAAUCAAAAGAGUCGGGCUCCCCCAGAGCUACAACCCCCCCUGUUCCCCAGCAAUCAAAAGCGAGCCCCACCUCCCGCGAGGGCUCCGGCCCGCCCUCCCCCAGUCACUCUGUUAUGGAGACCUCCUGCUAA